AAUCCGUGUACAAAACGGCUAUGACCUGGCAUGGUCGGUGGUUAAGAAGCUCUUUCUGGGAAAGGCUUAUGCAAAGCUCAUAGACAGCAUGCGUGCGAUAGACCAUCUCCACUCUUAGAUACCCGCUCACUGGCAGGGAUGAAAGAUAAUUGAAAGGAUAGCUUCAAGCUAUCUACGAUUGCUCAACUACUAUAACAUACUUUGCAUACUGGUUCUUAUAGUUCCUGAAUGCUUCGCUUACAAGUCACGACAUAACGCCAUCCAGCAUUCCUUAACAUGAAGAUCAGAGUUGCGUCUUUGCUCUCCGUCGUACUGCUUUUUUUGCAAGUGACCUUUACAUAUAUCACACCGACACCGUGUUUGAUACUCGAAUAUCAGUUAGUUGAAACUGCCUUCAUCAGCACAAAGCUUGACUCUCUUACCAUUCGACUCGCCGCGCCUCAGAGCCGGACGUACAUGUCAUAUUUAUCGGUAUUUUUCUCCGUAUUACCUUUCCCGUCGCGCUUUUCGCCGCCCAGACUGCUACCGGCACUGUCUCGUCGCUCCCGAGGAGCACCACCGCCUAGUCCACCGAGCGCUUCCAGGAUGCUGCUUCGGCGUCGCCUCUGUCGUCCCGGCGUGAGGCCGUCGAGGAAGUGGCUCCCGACUCCGGUCGCGUCGCGGUGCAUCUCUGUGCCCGUGGUGGUGGCCGAGGAACUGGAAGUCGUGCUCAAAUCUGACUCCCUCCUGGGCCUGGGCUUGGGCUCCAGCUCCUUCGAGCCUUGGGGUGGCUUGCGCUUAUCGUUGGGCGUGAAGGUAUCCCUCAGAGUGGCGAGGAAAUUAUGGUUGUUGUUAUUAUUGCUGUUGUUGUUGUUGUCGUUGGAAGACAUAUUGAUAGCUUGUAUAGUUGAUACUGACUUGGGUAGGUUCAGUGGGUGAGAAAUUAUCCAUGUAGCUUUCUCUCUUAACACCACGAUUCCGUUGGGUCGAGCUCUUUGGCUGAUAUAUGAGAAUGUGGCGAAUAUAACCACGCGACUUGUGGGGAGCUCCCCCCCAGAAUGAUCGUCAUAAUGGGGUGAGAUUUGGGGAGGAGAACUACCCAAAGCAGUCGCGAUGCGGUAGCACAAGCCAGCGGAGCUUCCUAAAUUUCACGCACAUGGGGUAAGGUUGAACCGCACACAUACGAGCUGGCCCAUAAUAAGGUUGAGCGUAGCAGCUACUCCUCUCGGUAUUGUGUCAUUGAUCACGAUACUUGUGGGUACUCCACCUCUUCCCCAAUAUACGCACACAAUAACUUAUAUAUUGUAAAUCAUCCAAGUUUCUUGAU